AUGGAGGAAGACAAAAAUUCAGAGAGCUGCACGUAUCUGAUAAGCAAUGGUAUUUAUUCUAAUGCGCAUAAACCUUCUACCUUUGACUUUCCUUGAAGUCCCAGAAAAUGAUUUGUUAAUCUUUUAAAGUAUUAUAGAACAGAUAAUCAACCUGUUAAAAUUUUAGAAAAUCUCUAUUUGGGAAGUAUUGGAGCUUCUGUUUUUAAGCAAAACCUUCAAAAUAUAGGGAUAACUCAUAUUCUGAUAGUUGCUGGUCAGCUAUCUCCUGUAUUCCCAAACGAUUUUAUCUAUAAAAAACUCAAAAUUUUCGAUUUGCCCGGAUCGAACAUCUUUAGUGCUUUUGAUGAAGCUUUUCAAUUUAUUGACGAAGGCAGAGCUCAUGGAAAAGUGCUUGUUCAUUGGUAAUUAUAACACAGUUAUGCAGGAAGAAGUCGAUCCGGAGCAGUUUGUGUUGGUUAUGUUAUGAGAGAAAAGCAUUUAUCUUUGACUGAUGCUUUAUCAUAUGUUCAAGAAAAAAGACCAAAAUGUUUACCAAAUAAAGGAUUUAUGAGCCAGCUGAAGCUGUAUGAAAACACUCUUGCUAGAGGAUAUUAA